CUUGGUCCCAGGGCUGUAUGAUUUCCAGGAGCUUGUGUCUUUAAUGCGGGUGCUGUAUUGGCUCAUAAAAGAGCACGCGAGCAGUGCUGGAAUGACAUCCACAAAUGUACCGGCAGACGUGUUCCCUGACUCAUACGGUUAUUGUCAGUAACUCCUUCUCCAGGCCUGUGGCUUGUGAGAGGGUCAGCCAGACAGGCUAGGUCAUGAUGAGUGGGAAGGUGGACCUUUGGGUGUUGGUCCAGAAAAAACUGGAACAUGGGCUGAGCUCUGCUCAUGCCUCAAGGCUGGAAUUGGGCUAAUUGAGUGCCCUGGGAGAAGUCAAUGGGAGAAUUCCACAGAUCAACACCAGGAGUGUUGACGGAAUGUCCUCACAUUCUCACCAUCCCCCCACCUCCCCACCCCACCCCACCACUGUGAUGAAUGCUCUGUAAGCAUUAAAGCUUUUGCAGGAGAGAUGAUUAUUGCCCCAUUUUAUAGAUGAGGGAACCGAGACCUCAGGUGCCCUGUCCGUGAUAGUGAGCAGCAAGGUCAGGAGUCAGCUCAGGCCUUUCUGAGUUCCAAACCCCAACUCUUUACCUCUGAGUAGCACUGCCGCCACCACGGCUACCAGUUGCUGUCGAGUUGACCGUGACUCACUGCGACCCCAUGUGUGUCAGAAUAGGACUGUGGUCCACAAUGGCUGAUUUUUGAGAAUCAGAUCGCCAAGCCUUUUUUCUGAGGUACCUUUCAGUCGACUUGAACCCCCAACCUUUCACUUAGCAGCUGAGCAUGUUUACUGUUUGCACCACUCAGGGACUCCAGUACUGCCGCAUGUACCCUUGCAAUGCUGCAGAUUUUCUGGUUUUUCUUAGACCUCUCAAAGGUCUUCCGUGGCCAGGACCUGGGGAUUGUGAGGAGGGGACUGAGCCAGUGGUAGGUAGGGCUGCCAGGGCCUGGUUCCCACUGCUCUCUCCCAUUCCCGUAGAGACUGAGCGGCUCCUCACCCCCAGCCCUGGCUAUGGGACCCAGGCAGAGGCUUCAUCAGCCCCCCCAAAUCCCCUGGAAGAGGAAGACCUCCGCCGCCGUCUCAAGUACUUCUUCAUGAGUCCCUGUGACAAAUUUCGGGCCAAGGGCCGCAAGCCCUUCAAGCUGAUGCUGCAGGUGGUGAAGAUCCUGGUGGUCACCGUGCAGCUCAUCCUGUUUGGGCUCAGCAACCAGCUAGCGGUGACGUUCCGGGAGGAGAACACCAUUGCCUUCCGUCACCUCUUCCUGCUGGGCUACUCUGAUGGGGCGGAUGACACCUUUGCGGCGUACACGCGGGAGCAGCUCUACCAGGCCAUCUUCCACGCCGUGGACCAGUACCUGAUGCUUCCCAACGUGUCACUGGGCCGGUACGCGUAUGUACGGGGUGGGGGCGGCCCUGAGGCCAAUGGCUCAGCGCUGGCCCUCUGCCAGCGCUACUACCACCGCGGCCACGUGGACCCGGCCAAUGACACCUUCGACAUUGACCCAAUGGUCAUAACAGACUGCAUCCGGGUGGACCCCCCUGAGCGACCCCCUCCGUACUCCUCUGAGGAUCUUGCCCUCUCGGAUGGCAGCUCCAGUUACAGGAACCUCACGCUCAAGUUCCACAAGCUGAUCAACGUCACCAUCCACUUCCAGCUGAAGACCAUCAACCUACAGAGCCUCAUCAACAAUGAGAUCCCUGACUGCUACACCUUCAGCAUCCUGAUCAUCUUUGACAAUAAGGCACACAGUGGACGGAUCCCCAUCAGCCUGGAGACCCAGACCCACAUCCAGGAGUGUAAGCACCCCAGUGUGUUCGGACACGGAGACAACAGCUUCCGCCUCCUGUUCGACGUGGUGGUCAUGCUCACCUGCUCCCUGUCUUUCUUGCUGUGUGCCCGCUCGCUGCUCCGAGGCUUCCUGCUGCAGAACGAGUUUGUCGGGUUCAUGUGGCGGCAGUGGGGCCGUGUCAUCAGCCCGUGGGAACGGCUGGAGUUUGUCAAUGGCUGGUACAUCCUGUUGGUCACCAGUGACGUGCUCACCAUCUCGGGCACCAUCAUGAAGAUUGGCAUAGAGGCCAAGAACCUGGCCAGCUACGACGUCUGCAGCAUCCUCCUGGGCACCUCAACACUGCUUGUCUGGGUCGGCGUCAUCCGCUACCUGACCUUCUUCCACAAGUACAAUAUCCUGAUCGCCACGCUGAGGGUGGCCCUUCCCAGUGUCAUGCGCUUCUGCUGCUGUGUGGCUGUCAUCUACUUGGGUUACUGUUUCUGUGGCUGGAUCGUGCUGGGGCCUUACCAUGUGAAGUUCCGCUCGCUGUCCAUGGUGUCUGAGUGCCUGUUCUCGCUCAUCAACGGUGACGACAUGUUCGUGACGUUCGCUGCGAUGCAGGCCCAGCAGGGCCGCAGCAGCCUCGUCUGGCUCUUCUCCCAGCUCUACCUCUACUCCUUCAUCAGCCUCUUUAUCUACAUGGUCCUGAGCCUCUUCAUCGCGCUCAUCACAGGCGCCUACGACACCAUCAAGGUCAGCCGGUGGUGGCCUCACACACCCCCACGCGGCCCCUCCCGGCCUGCCACGUGCACACACAGCCCCAAACAAGGGCUCCGGGUCCCUGGGAAUCAGCUACGAAGUGGUCCCUUAACCCUUGGGGAACUGGCAGGGAAGACCCAGGGACAGACUGGGGGAGUCUCUGGGUAGGACUUGAGAAGCCAGAGGAGGGGGCUGAUACUGGGGGCACCAGGUGGGACUGAGAGCAUUCCAGUCUCACUGUCCUGCUCUCAGCAUUGAUUGAACGGGGCUCAGGCCAGGUAAGGCUCCUGUAUCUUUUUUUUUUAAUAAUAUUUUAUUGUGUUUUUGCUGAAGGUUUACACAGUGAAUUAGGUUCCCAUUUGACAAUUUCUAUACAGCUGUUCUGUGACGUUAGUUACAUUUUUCACAGUGUGUCGGCAUUCUCUAUCAUUGCCUUCUGGUUGUUCCGUUUCCAGUUCUCUAGUGUCCCUACCCCUUAUCUUCUCAUCUUUGCUUUAGAGUUAAUCUUCUGGUCUCAUAUAGAUGAAUUUUAGUAGAGCACCAUUCUCACGGGUAAUCCUGCAUCU